GCCCCGGCCGCGCCCCCCAGCAGUGCACCGACCUGGGGCCGCGCCGAGGGCCCUCCCGCUGCGGAGCACGGCGCGCCGGAGCACGGGGGCGGCCAUGGUGCCGAGGCCGGAGGAGGUGGGUGGCGCGGGGAGAUUGCGAGCGCCCCGGUUCGCCCCGCCCCGCGGGCUGGGCCGUGAGAUGGCGGCGGUGCUGGCGGGCGGGUCCCGGCGGGCGGCGCGGGAGGCGGCGCGGCGCUCGGCGGUUCGCCUGCCCGUCCCGGGCGCCUGGGGCUGCGUGGCCGCAGGGAAGCGGUAUCUGCUAACAGAAGAAGAUAUAAAGUUACAAGAAUUUCAACAGAUGAAAGUGGCAAUUAGAAAUGAAGUUCAUGGCAAUAAAGAUCCAUAUUUCAGAAGUAUUAAAGAAAAAUUAAAGAAAAAUGGAAUAAUUCUCAAAAAUGAAUUAAAAAAUUUGCUGCAUUUAUGUCAGACUUCAUCUGAUGUGGAAUUAGCCAGAAAAGUUAUUUACAGGUACCAUGAACAGAAUGGAAUAACAGCCUUACAGAAUUUUAAAUUUGGGCCCCUCUUUAUGAGGCUAUGUUAUGAGCUAGACCUUGAAAGACCUGCAGUAGAACUUAUCAAAGAUCAGAAUUUGCAUGGUUUUUUCUCAGAGAGUACGUCAUUCCAUAUUUUGAUGACUAUGUUGUUUAAAAAAGGCCAAUUUGAAAGUGCUUUGGAAGUUCUGGUAGAAAUGAAAAAACAAGGUAUACCUUUCAACAAAGAAACAUAUCUACUUGCAUUUGCAAUAUGCUAUAAGCUGGACAACCUGGAGUCUUCCAAAAUCUCUGCGAAAUUGCUUGAAGAAGCACAGCUGAAAGGUGACACCUUGUCACUGCGAGCACACUGCUUUGCCAUGGCAACUGCUCUCAAGCAGAAUGACGUAGCGCAAGCCAAACUUUAUUGCUCCCAGAUAAUGAAAACAGAGAACAAACUAUACAAUAAUCUUAAAGUUCUUGUCCAGCUCAGAUCUGGUUUGCUAGAAGAAGUAAUAAAGACACUAGAGGCAGCAGUGGAAGUAGAUACUCCUCCCUUUGUGAAAAAACUUGAGUUUUCUGAGCAGGUGCUGGCUACAGUCAGGGAAAAGAUGGAAGAAAACCCUAACCUUUCUGUCAAAUUAGGAGAUAUUUGUACAAAACUACAAGCUUCUGGACAGAUUACCAUGUGCACACUAGAAGACAUGCUUUUCCAGAUUCCUAGUUCAAAGAAGACUACUGCAAAGCUUUUAAGUCAGAAGCAAUUGGGCUAUCAGGCUGCUAAUCCGCUUCAGUCAAAUCUGUUGUUGGAAUAGUUCAGUAUUUGGUGGCAAACUAAACUGCCGAUAGCAUCUCUUAGAAGCCAGGUUCAAAUAAAAUGCCUUCUCCCGAUUUCCACAAUGA